AUGGGCAACGUAAACUCCCGUUCUGUUUCUUCUCCGGGUGCUCUCUACCUGAGAGACCAAACCAAAUUGAGCAUCUCCUCUCUGGUAAUCACCAACCAGAGCGGCGCCACUAUCUUGGUGAUAUCACCAAAUGGCUAUCCAGCAUCGCAGAUUUCUGCAAAGAGAGAUGCUGGCGAUAACACGCCUAUUGAAUUUAUUCAGGAUCCUGAUCCUGCAAACAACAGCUCGGGGCCGUCCUUCAUCUUGCGGCUAACAAACGAGGACGAGCUCAACUUUUGCUUUACCUUCGUGAUACGACAAGAAAAAUGCAGUUCGGUUCCAACUGCGACAACCGUCAACGGCGUCUCCAGCGCGCUGCCAACGGCAACUGACAACGUGGUCAAGAGUCUCACUUUCGCAUACGCUGCAAACGAAAAGGAACUUGACAACCUGGUCACGCGCGAGUUCCAUGCGAAUCCAAAUCUCCAAAACAAUCAAAAUGUGCGCCAUGUUGGCACAUUCGAGACCGGUGGUACGCCAUCAGUACAGUUCACCUGGACUUGGAAGUGGAAGCCACCAGCUACAAAUGAAGCAAAAUGCGGAGGAUGGCGCAACUGCUGUAGUUUCCUAGAUUACGAUGAGAGGGCCAACAGAUUGAACACCUUAGCCUGGUUCCAAUUUUGGGUCCAAGGCCCUCCAAGGCCCUCGACAAGUCCGAGUUUCGAGUCAACCGGUUUUGAACUCACCGUGCCACAACGCAACCGACAGGUCUCAUCCCACUCGAACGUGUCCAGAACAAGCGACCCCAAUGAAUCAAAUGAUGAACUCGUUCCCACUUCGUCCGCGCUCGAAAGCCAUGACUGCUUUCGAGGCUACUACUUUCCAAAAGGCAACAAUGCCGUCCAAAACGUCCAACCGUCCACAACUGCCUUCCCUGGACCCAAGGUGGAUGUCGCCUGCCACCAUCCUGGGGAGGAUAUGUGCACGGUUGACGACGGUCCCUUAUUCAGGGCCACCAUGAAAUCUCUAGAACAAAAGACUGGAACUAUGCGCACGAGGAUGAAAAAGCUGCUCAAAAAGGCCGAAGCAGCCUAUCAUGCGCGUAUUGCCUGCCAUGAUUCCGUUCAUGCUUUCCUUAAAACACUCAGUGACACUGCAAAGACCAAUGCGCCGGCAAUACAGCCGGCAUUAGACCAUUACUACGACCGCGCCGCAAGAGAAAUACUUAUUUCUGAACAGCAGAAUGCUGAUUAUAUGCAUGAAUACGUUGUUCGGCCGCUUUCCCGGCUCUACCAUCAAGACAUCAAACAGGCCGAUGUGAAAAAGAAAGAAUUCGAUGACGAGAGUAGAGACUAUUACGCCUAUGUUAGCAAGUAUCUCGGUCAACGACAAGAUUCCCUGAAAGAAAAGAAAAGAGUCGAGAGUGACUCCAAAUACCAGAAUAAACGACGCAAAUUCGAACUCAAACGAUUCGACUAUUCCUCCUUCAUGCAGGAUUUGACUGGCGGAAAGCGUGAACAGGAGCUACUCGCCAGCCUCACCCAGUUUGCCGUCUGUCAGGCAAACGCCCAUAUAUCAACUUCCAAAAUCAUUGAAAGCCUUUUACCUCACCUUGACGCCCUGGUCGACGAAGUCAACAAAGUCGACAAAGAAUUCAAAUUUCAACGUACCGAACGAGAGGAGAAGCGCAGACUUCUCGAGAAUAGCACCAAGAAAUACAUCGAACCAGAGGCUGCUCAGAAUCCAGGUCCGCCUCCGCCGACUUCUGGUGGUAACAGCACCACAAAUAAUAACAACAACAAUGCCACAUCUUACAACUCCGAUUCCGACCUCGGUCGUGCAGACAGUACCAACUCUACCUUUCGGGGUUACACUGGCAAUGCGAAAGGACGAUCAAAUUCACCCACUGGAGGAGCGACGGUCCCUACCGGCUCCAACAUCGGGUCUGUUUCCUCAACACAAAACCGCUUCAAAGGGUUUCGUGACUUGGAGGAACGCGACACCACCAGCAUGGCUGCAGCAGAGAGCACAAACGGCCAGCAGAAAAAAGAGGGGUUGUUGUGGGCUUUAUCACGCCCUGGGUCUCAUAUCGAUCCGAAAGGGAUCAACAAGCAAGCCUGGCAUAAAUUUUGGAUCGUCCUCGACCAAGGAAAGCUCUCGGAAUACAGCAACUGGAAACAAAAAUUGGACUUGCACAUGGAUCCAAUCGAUUUGCGAAUGGCCUCUGUACGUGAAGCGCGCAAUGCGGAGAGACGAUUCUGCUUUGAGGUUAUCACGCCACAGUUCAAGCGAAUCUACCAGGCCACUUCUGAGCAGGAUAUGAAGAACUGGAUAAACGCUAUAAACAACGCCUUACAGAGUGCUGUAGAAGGUCGACUUGCUACUCCUCGGACCAACCAAACACAACCAAAAGAUACAACACCUGGACGCACCAUAGGAUCCGCUUUGAUUGGCAAAUCUGUGUCUUCAGUUGGCCAUCAGGGCACUUCGCCUUCAAAUACGAGCAACAUGGGACGUCGAACAACAGUAGGCGCACGACCUGGCUAUAUGAGAAGUGGUAGCCACGGAUAUGACGACGAUCCCGCAAAAUUACUACAAACCAUUCAUACAGCCGAUCAAGGCAACACCUGGUGUGCCGACUGCUGCUCAACCUCAAAGGUUGAAUGGGUUUCCAUCAAUCUCGGCAUAGUCCUCUGCAUCGAAUGCAGUGGAAUCCACCGGUCUUUAGGAACACACAUCUCCAAAGUCCGUUCACUUACCCUCGACAUACACUCCUUCUCCAACGACAUCGUUGAAAUCCUCCUCCAGGUAGGAAACCGGGUUAGCAACAUGGUCUGGGAAGCACAGUUAGGCCCAGGCAUCAAGCCUGGUCCAACCGCCACUCGCGAGCAACGUCUCAAAUUCAUCACCGCAAAGUACAGCGAUCGUGCUUUUGUUCGCCCCUUGUCACCUACCUUAUCUAAGUUUUCCACCGCUGAGGAGACACUACUCGCCUCUAUCAAACAAAACGAUAUCCAAGGUGUCCUCUACGGCAUCGCGCUACGUGCCGAUCUGAACGCCACCGAUCUAUCCCGCAAGGCCCACCCUGUCUUCCUUGCUUUAGCAGCAGCCGAUCCAGCACCAGCUGGAACCCCACCUGCAAGCCCUAACCUGGGCCGUCAAGCACCCAUCAGACCAUUCAUCCCGAGCCGUUCUUCGAGCUCUAGCACCAUAGCUAAGCCCUUCCCAGUUGCCGAACUACUUGUUCAGAACGGAGCCGUUAUUCCGCCACACAUGCCUGCUUUCGCCCUCUCCGAAGCCGCGCAGCUUUACCUCACCCAACGAACCAUUCGAUCCUCUCGUCUUGACGGUGGGGGUAACGGCACUGGGGAUACCCUCAGUGCUUUACCUACUAUCCGCGGACCUGAAGGUAAUGGUUCGUCCAUGCCGGCAGUCGACAGCAAAGAACGAGAGAGACUUCAGAAACGAGGCAGUGCCGGAGCUAGAUUUGCUGGAAAGGUGUCUUCGCUUGCCGGAUAG